UUCCACUGUAAUUAUCUUUUUCAGGUUUCUUUGCUGCUUUUGGGCUGUGUUGAGAACGGAUGAUUCCUUUUCUCAAGGAAGAAUUGGGAAUUGGGGAGGCUUGGUGUGUGUGUGUUUUGAUUACUGAUGUUUUCUGGUGGAGAGGGAAAGAAAUGGACUUGUCGGAAACCUGGUCUUGUAAGUCUACAAAAAGUGGUGGCAUCUUUGCUUCGGGAUCUGAGCCAGCCUUGUCUUUCACAAUCUGGGAUACAAGUUGUUUUAAAUAUCGGCAAAAUGCUUAAGCCUGAGAAAUGGCAGGCUUUUUUCGAUUGCGAUGGAAAGGUUUGUGGUUUCCACAAGGCGCUCAAAUUAAUUAUUUUGGGGGGAAUUGACCCAUCCAUAAGAGCUGAAGUUUGGGAAUUUCUCCUUGGCUGUUAUGCAUUGAGCAGCACCUCUGAGUAUCGUAGGCAACUCAGGGUAGCUCGAAGAGAACGAUACAAUGAGCUGCUCAAGCAAUGCCAGAUGAUGCAUUCUAGUGUGGGAACUGGUUCACUUGCCUAUGUUGUGGGAUCUAAAGUUAUGGAUAUGCGAAAAUCAUACAAAAAUGAGGUUGUAAAGGAAGCUAUAGAUGAAGGCAUAGAAGCUUGUUUAGAUGGUAAUGAGAACACUGAAGAUCACGGUGAUUGGAGUAAUAAUGACACCGACAAAUCUCCUGUGCACAGAAGGGGAAGCUCCAGUGAGUCAGUUGACCUAGUAAAUGGAAGAGAAAGUCCUGAUAGCACAGUAUAUGAAACUUCUCCUUUUGUACCCGCGUCCAGUCCAUAUGGGCAUGGCUUUCCUUCCCCUGGUCCAUUUGCAGAUGAUAUCUUUGACUUUCCCUCUCUACCGGUUACAGAUUUGUUUGGGAGGAGUAGUUUAGGCAAGAAAGGGAUUUCUACUCCAGAUGAAGAAACUUCAACGCAUAGUGACUUAAGAUCGGAGGAUGAGAGAAUGCACAGUUUUCGAAUUUACAAUAAUGCAGAUUUAGUUAUAGAACCGCAUGGGUCUUCUAAUAACAACGUAACUGUACAUCAUGAAUCUGUUGAAAAGUUGUCUCAUUCUGGCUGCACGUCAGAGAUUGUUGAUGGUUUGAGAAUAUCAGAUGUCCCUGAAACGCCGUCGGCAAGUGAGGCUCCUACUCGAGGUGGGUCUGUAAAGGAAGAUCGAGUGUCUGAAUGGCUUUGGACAUUGCACCGAAUAGUUGUUGACGUGGUAAGGACAGAUAGCCACCUUGAGUUCUACGAGGAUCCAGGAAAUCUAGGAAGAAUGUCAGAUAUCCUUGCGGUCUAUGCUUGGGUUGAUCCUGCAACUGGUUACUGCCAAGGAAUGAGCGAUUUAGUGUCUCCAUUUGUGUUUCUUUUUGAAGAUAAUGCUGACGCCUUUUGGUGCUUUGAAAUGCUCAUAAGAAGAACGCGUGCAAAUUUCCAGAUGGAGGGACCAACUGGAGUGAUGGAUCAAUUGCAAUCACUGUGGCGUAUAUUGCAACUUACAGAUAAAGAAAUGUUUUCACACCUAUCACGUAUUGGUGCUGAGAGCCUUCACUUUGCGUUCCGGAUGCUGUUAGUGUUGUUUCGACGAGAGUUGUCUUUUAACGAGGCUCUAAGGAUGUGGGAGAUGAUGUGGGCUGCUGAUUUUGAUGAGUCUUUUGCUGAAACUUUAGAGAAGGAUUGCUUGAAGCCGUUGGUUGUUCAGCUUCCAAAACGAUCUGGAGUUGAUAUGGGGGACCAUAAAAUAGAUGAUGGAAAUGGCACUACUACAUAUUGUGAACCAACUUCGAAGAGCGACCGAACUUCAAAGAACGGACCAUUGUCAAAGUGCAGUCUGUUGUCCAAGAGGGGUCUACUGCCAGAAAGUGGUCCAUUGCCAAAAACUGGUCCGCUGUCUGAUGAUACUGGGAUGAAGCCAGCAGGUUCAUCCAAUUUUUGUGGCUUGACAAGAAGUUUAUGGUCUAGGAAUGAAAGAACCCAUGUCUCUUCUGUAGUUUCAUCCUGUGGGAAAGGAGAUGACCCUCUUCCAGUCUUUUGUGUGGCAGCUAUUCUAAUCAUGAAUCGGCAUAAGAUCAUGAAAGAAACUCACUCGAUCGAUGACAUGAUAAAGAUUUUUAAUGACAAGCUGCUUGCAAUUAGAGUGAGAAGAUGCAUACGUACAGCCAUAAAACUUCGUAAGAAAUACUUGUACAAGGUUAGAUGCUCAACAAGUUGAUUCUUCUGUUUAUUUUUUCGAAAUUCUUUGAUAGUGAUUGAAAUUUUAUAUCUCAAAGCAUUCAUUUAUUAGCGUAUCCUUAUAUAUUUAGGGAUAAAGUAUACACAUAACU